GUAACACAACUUGAAAGGCGCAGGAACACCGAAAAGAUUCCAUUUCAGGCCCGUAAAUACGCCAUAAAGCGACGGGGGGGGGGCGCUAAGGAGAGAGGCGAUGGCCGCCAUGAUCUACGGGAAGAUCUUCGUGGGCAUCUACGUGGAGAUCAAGCGGAGUGACGGACGCAUCCAUCAGGCGAUGGUGACGUCGCUGCACGAAGACAACGACAGCGUGACGGUGGAGUGGAUCGAGAACGGCGACACCAAAGGGAAGGAAGUGGACUUGGAGAGCAUCUUCGGCCUGAACCCAGACCUAGCCCCCGAGGAGGAGGUGCCAGCCAGUCCAGAGGCUCCUCCUCCUCCUUCCAGUGGGGCCAAGACCAGCAAAGUCCCCAAAACCCGACGAGUCACGGCCAUUCCCAAACCUGACAACAGCCAGCGGGAGAACCGAGCCGCGGCGGUGGGAACCACUCGGGCCCGUCCGAGCCAGCACAGCCAGGCCGCCGAGGCUCCUCCCCCCUCCAUCGCCGCCCAGCCCGCCGCCAACCAAUCGCUGCUCCAGCUGCAGAACGCACGCAAGAAGUCCAACUGCGUGAAGGAAGUGGAGAAGCUGCAGGAGAAGCGAGAGAAGCGGCGACUUCAGCAGCAGGAACUGAGGGAGAAGAAAGCUCAGGAAGUGGACGUCAACUUGCCAAACUACGAGAUCAUGUGCAUGAUCCGAGACUUCCGGGCCAGUCUGGACUACCGACCUUUGACCUCCAAUGACCUGAUCGAGGAACAUCGGAUAUGUGUGUGCGUGCGUGCGCGGCCCCUCAACAAAAAAGAGUUGACCGUCAAGGACUUGGACGUGAUCACCAUUCCCAGCAAGGACGUGGUGAUGGUCCACGAGCCCAAGCAGAAGGUGGACCUGACCCGCUACCUGGAGAACCAGACGUUCCGCUUCGACUACGCCUUCGACGAGAACUCCACCAACGAAAUGGUCUACAGGUUCACGGCUCAGCCGCUGGUGGAGACCAUCUUCGAGCGAGGAAUGGCGACCUGCUUUGCGUACGGGCAAACAGGAAGUGGGAAAACGCACACGAUGGGAGGGGACUUCUCCGGGAAGAACCAGGACUGCUCCAAAGGGAUCUACGCCUUGUCAGCCCGAGACGUCUUUGUCAUGCUUAAGAAACCGAUCUACAAGAAGCUGGACCUCCAGGUCUUUGCCACCUUUUUCGAGAUCUACAGCGGGAAGGUGUUCGACCUCCUGAACCGCAAAGCCAAGCUGCGGGUCCUGGAGGACGGCAAGCAGCAGGUGCAGGUGGUCGGGCUGCAGGAGCGCGACGUCAAAUGCACGGAGGACGUCCUCAAGCUCAUCGAAGUGGGGAACAGCUGCAGGACGUCCGGUCAGACCUCGGCCAACGCCCACUCGUCCCGCAGCCACGCCGUCUUCCAGAUCAUCCUGCGGCGCCGGGGCAAGAUGCACGGAAAGUUCUCGCUCAUCGACCUGGCGGGCAACGAGAGGGGCGCCGACACGUCCAGCGCCGACCGCCAGACACGCCUGGAAGGGGCCGAGAUCAACAAGAGCCUGCUGGCCCUCAAGGAGUGCAUCCGAGCUCUGGGUCGGAACAAACCGCACACUCCCUUCCGAGCCAGCAAGCUGACCCAAGUGCUUCGGGACUCCUUCAUCGGGGAGAACUCUCGGACGUGCAUGAUAGCCACCAUCUCUCCCGGCAUGGCGUCCUGCGAAAACACCUUGAACACGCUCCGAUACGCCAACAGGGUCAAGGAGUUUGGGAUCAGUCCUUCAGACAUUCCCUUCUCGCACAGCGGUGGACGUGCGGAGCUCUCUCCGACUUACGACGUCAAGGAGCUGUCGGUGGAGCCGGCGGCCGUGGUGGACGUUCAUCUGGAAGGACACGCCAACCAGCUGGAGGUCCUGGAGGCCCAAUGGGGCGUGGGGAGUUCUCCGCAGAGAGACGACCUGAAGCUGCUCUGCGAGCAGAACGAAGAGGAGGUUUCCCCGCAGCUCUUCACCUUCCAUGAAGCCGUCUCGCAGCUGGUGGAGAUGGAGGAGCAGGUUCUGGAGGACCACAGGGCCGUCUUCCAGGAGUCCAUUCGCUGCCUGGAGGACGAGAAGGUCCUGCUGGAAAUGACGGAGGAGGUGGACUACGACGUGGAGUCCUACGCCACGCAGCUGGAACAGAUUCUGGACCAGAAGAUCGACAUCCUGACCGAACUGAGAGACAAGGUCAAGUCCUUCCGCUGCACGCUGCAGGAGGAGGAGCAAGCGAGCAAACAAAUCACCCCCAAGAGGCCUCGUGCACUUUAGACACACCAAAGACCCAAAGGAAGGCCACGAGCUCG